GAGCCAUAUUACUGAUACAUCAGUUCAACUUCCAUAUUGAAGCUGAAAACAACAACAUACGUAAAUUUUCAAUACAAAAACAUUUCAAGCAGUUGCAACACCCAGAGAUAAGAAUGGAGAGUCCAAACUAUACCUUAUCGAAUGACGAUCUGCAAGACAUUUGCGAUGCCUUCGCCCUUUGUGAUCCUCAGAAGACUGGAAGAAUCGGUGCAGACGAUUUGGGAACAGUGAUGCGCGCUCUCGGCCAGAACCACACCGAGUCGGAAAUCUACAGAUAUUCCGAGGGACUCGAGGGAGACGUCAAUGGGUUCAUAGAACUUGCCGAUUUUAUCGAAUUGAUGACCAAAAUCUACAAACUGAUGAGCCACGUUGACUAUUUGAAGGCGGCAUAUAAUGCCUUUGAUACCGAUAAGGACGGUUUGAUAUCAUAUACCGAGCUACGUCAUGUUUUUGCCAAUGUUGGCGAAAAAAUCUCUGACGAAGAGUUCGAUGAUGUGUUUCGUCAGGCUGAUACGGAUGGCGAUGGCGUUAUUAACUUUCGGGACUUUUAUAACGCCUAUAGAUCCUGAAUUCUCAUAUCCUCAAAUUUAAAUUGGUGUGGCGCGCUGAUUAUAUACAUAUUUAUACAUUCAAUAAAGUCUUGUUAGACGGUUGUAAAUUA